UCCAAUCUGGAAAAAUCUUCUUUUAUCUUCAAUGCAGCCUGUGAUAUCACCUCUAUGCAAGAGAAAUUAUUAAGACAGAGCCCCUCCAGGCUCUUGGCUUGCUAGUGGAUGUCGGCAGCUUAUUUUUAAGCUUUUAUCGCCCAAUCCACUAUCCUAGCUGGGAUACCCUCACUGAGUAGAUUGUCUUCAGGAAAAUGUUGAAUGUGUGGACUUCAGUCUAUCCCACCGCAAUGUCAGAGUUCAACCAGACAGUGGCCCAUUUUGUAUUCUUGGGACUGACUGAUAUCCGGAGUCUGGAGCUGGUAUUAUUUAUCAUUUUUUUAAUCAUCUACCUGCUUAUUUUAAUAGGGAAUAUCCUUAUCAUAGUGACGGUGGCUUGUGACUGCUGCCUCCACACCCCCAUGUACUUCUUGUUGGGGAACCUCUCUUUCAUUGACAUCUGCCAUUCCUCUGUCACUACACCCAAGAUGCUGCUUGACAUCUUCUUCUACCCAAAGGUCAUCUCCUUUGGGGGAUGUAUGACCCAACUCUUCUUCCUCCACAUGUUUGCUUGUGCCGAGAUCUUCCUCCUGACCAUCAUGGCUUAUGACCGUUGUGUUGCCAUCUGCUACCCAUUGCACUAUGUGAAACAUGUCAACCUGAAGAUUUGUGCUUAUUUGGUGGGUGGUUUGUGGGUGGGCGCGAGUGUCCACUCCGUGGUCCAGAUGGUUCUCACCAUUCUCCUCCCUUACUGUGGCCCAAAUGUCAUAGACAGCUUUUUCUGUGAUGUCCCCCCAGUCAUCAAGUUGGCUUGCACUGAUACGUACUUCACCGGCGUUCUCAUUGUAUCAAACAGUGGCAUGAUCUCCUUGAUGUGCUUCUUGGCCUUGGUGACUUCCUAUGUUAUCAUCCUGUUCUCACUGAGAAGACGGACAGCUGAAGGCCGUCGCAAAGCUUUCUCAACUUGUAGUGCCCACCUACUGGUUGUGGUCUUGUUCCUGGGGCCAUGCAUCUUCCUUUACAUUCGCCCUGCUUCCAACUUCUCCUCAGACAAACUGGUAGCUGUCUUCUACACCAUGGUUACUCCUGCCCUCAACCCUGUGAUCUACACCCUGAGGAACGAAGAGGUAAAGAAGUCCAUGCAGAAACUCUGGCUCCGGAAGAAGAUCUUUUUUACAAGGAGAUGAGUUGGCCAACUAACUUGUCAAGAAGAUAGGACAGGAGAAUUCACCGGAAUUCAGUCAGAUAAGUUAUCAUUUACUGCAGAUGUGAGCAUUUUUGAAAGUUGCUAGUCUUCCCUAUAUUGGAAGAUUGGCCACUGGGAAUAGUACCUCAAGUUUCCAGGCAUUUGUAAAGUUUAUGAACUUUAUAAACCCAGCAAAUGAUGUCCCAUCAUUUUGGAACAUGAUGAAGCUAACUAUCUAGGACUGUUUGGGAACAGAGCUUGCUGGAAUGGGAAACGGUUGACACUACGAUCCUGCCUGAAGCCUGAAGAGCAACCUGUGAUGUCUUCCUCCAGAUGUGAGAAAGGGGGGCAAGAAACAGAGAUGAAGGGAGGGGUGAAAGGAGAGCAGGCAUAAGAGGGUUAUUUUUGCCAGCCAAAGUGCAUUCAGAUGAAGAUCUAUGGAGAUUCUCCAUCAUCCAGGUCAUGGUUGUCCCAAAGGUGCUUUUUUCAUGAGGCAACUGGACUUUCUUGUUUUUCUUGAAGAUGUUUCACUUCUUGGAUGAGGCUGAAAAAGUACAAUUCUAAUUUAUUUGAAAUAUAUAUUAAGGAAAUAUACCAGUGUUUAUUUUCCAUUUUCAACCACAGUGCCUUUUUAGUUCAACGCAGUUCAUGCAGCUUCGGUUUCAUUUUGCAGUAACACAGAUUUAAAUGUUUUAAUAUGUUUUACUAAGUUGUUUGACAUUCACUUUUAAAACUAUUGUCAUGCUCAUUGAUUGCAUGCAUACUUCCAUAGUUCAUCAAAUGGGUGUUAUUGUAGAUUUUGAUGUUAAAGAAAUUAAUUUGAUGUUGAAUCUUAUAACAGCUGCAAGAUUACUGGUGGGGCAAUAUUGGAAG